UGACCUGCAAAGAUCCUAAAUUUUUAAAAGCUGAAUGUGCAUACAACACACCAGAUGACCAGACUGCUACUACUACUAUUUUAGUACUCCAAAUAAAAAGUUAAGGAAGACUGAAUCACUACAACUACCAAAUUUGGGCGUAAAAACAACAUCAUCUCAUCACAAUUUUCGAUUCUGGGUUUAAUAUCUGCUUUUGUGUUUCUAGAUCUCUCCCCCAUUUCUUGUUCUACAUCAUCUAAACUCAUUACAAAAGAUGGCAACACAGGCAGAAAGUCCUGCUGCUUCUCCUGGGGCUCAGGUUGUUGGCAAUGCUUUUGUGGAGCAGUAUUACCACAUACUGCACCAAUCUCCUGAGCAGGUUUACAGAUUUUAUCAGGAUUCUAGUGUGCUGAGUCGACCAGAUUCUAAUGGUGUUAUGACAUCUGUCAUGACCAUGCAGGGAAUUAAUGAGAAAAUAUUGUCCUUGAAUUACAAAGAUUAUAUGGCUGAGAUAAAGACCGCAGAUGCUCAGCAGUCAUAUGGAAGUGGAGUGAUUGUUCUGGUUACUGGAUACUUAACUGGAAGGGAUAAUGUGAGAAAAAAGUUUGCGCAAUCAUUCUUUUUGGCCCCACAAGAGAAAGGUUUUUUUGUUCUGAAUGAUGUCUUUAGGUAUGUGGAUGACGAAAAUUCAGGAACCGCUGCUUCAGAUCCUGUUGACGAUGUUAAUGAAAACGUGGGUCCAGUUCCACAGGAACCAGAACCAGAGCAGCCUCCUCAUGUGUCAGACCAUGAUGAACAAGUUCCUGAAUCCUCAUACGAGGAAGAUCUUUCUAAUGAAGCCGAAGUGGUUAAUCCUUCAGAUAAUGAAGAUGGAUCAAUAACUGAGGAGGAGAUUGUUGAGCCACCAAUUCAAUUGAAUCAGAGUGAGGUUGUGACUGUGACUUCAGAGCUAUCUGCUUCUCAAGAUGAUGCACCCAAGAAAUCGUACGCAUCUAUUCUGAAGACUAAAAAUUCCAUUUCAUCACCUAUACCAGUCAAAGCACCUAACAACUACACCAAGGUCAAACCUUCAAGCAGCAACCAAGAAGCAACUGUGAAACCUGCUCCAGUGACAGAGCCAUCAGUUUCAACCAGUGAAACAGGUCCUGAAAAAACCAAUGUACUUGAGGAAGCCGAAGGUCACUCUAUAUAUGUGCGAAAUUUAUCACAAAAUGCAACUCCUUCACAACUUGAGGACGUCUUCUCAAAAUUUGGGCCAAUUAAGCAAGGUGGAGUCCAAGUAAGAAGUAAUAAGCAAGGUUUUUGCUUUGGUUUUGUCGAGUUUGAAUCCUUGAGCUCCAUGAAAUCUGCAAUUGAGUUUCUACGGGCUCUACAAAUAAUGGAAGAGGAAGAUACCCUUCUUCUCGCGGUGGAUUCCGCAAUGAGAGCUUCCGAGGGCGUGGAAACUUCAGUGGAGGUCGUGGUUAUGGAAGAACCGAUUUUUCAGGUAAACCGAGGGGAGGAGCCGGAAGAGGUACUGAGGGUUAUCAACGAAUUGAUCAAAAUGGAGCUGGAAACAAUGGUCAUCAAGGCGGACAAAAGUAGGGAUAGUUUUUUUAGUUGUGGAAACCGAAGGGGAGCGAUGACUGACAAGUACAAGAGAUAGUUUUGUUUGGUAUACAAGAGAUGAUCCUUUUUUUUAACACUUCAGAGCUAUGUACUGCAGGAUCCUUAAUCCUCUUGAUUUUCAAUCGCGGCGUUAAAAUUUUUCGUUAUUUAUUUGUUUAAAUUAGGAUUUUUGGAAUUCGAUUAUUUUCUUAAUAAAAUAAAUUGGUUAUGGAGUUUCUGGA